CAUUAGGAUAUGGGGCUUUCUGUAUUCUAACAUUACAAACGCAAAUACCGCUAUAUUUGGUUAAAGACUUGAGCGCUUACUACUAAAUUUAGUGGGAGCCGCUCAAAUCUUCUCUCUUUCGGAUCACUCUCUCCCUUCCCUUCCCUUCAUUCUUUCCAUUCCAACGGACAGACAGACACAGAAAUCGAAGAAACAUAAGCAGAAACAAACUCACUCUAUCACCAUUUCACUUCCACCUCAAGAACAGGAUCAUGAACAACGAGAUCUGGAAAAACCUUUACGUAUACACACUAUUCCCACACUCAUACGUAUAAUAUAAUAUAUAAUAUAUAGAGAUAGAUUUAUACAUUUUUUUUUGGGGUUAUUGUCCAUGUCUCGAGCUACGAACCACGAGUUUCAAGAAUGGUGGAAUAAGCAGAGAGAGGCAGACCGCGAGCUGUUCUUGGACAAGAAGCCGGACGAGUCCUCUAGCGGCGGUGGCGGCGGCAGAGGAGGAUUUCUCAACCUCGAGAUCCGGAGCCCCGCCAUCGAUCAGACGGUCGAGAAGGAGCGCUCUCGCAGCGCCCGCCAGCUCUCCUUCGUCUGCCUCCUCAGGUUCCACCAAAUCGCCGUCUCUCUCGCCGCCGUACCCGGCGGCGUUGUCUCGCUGGUCCGGACCGCCAACCGCCGAAUCGCCUCCCCCGAUUCCCCCGCCGAUUCGUCCUCCUCGCGGCUCUACCGCGCGAUCAAGGCGUUCCUGAUCGUCGUUCUGCUGCUCCUCUGCUUCGAGCUCGUCGCCUUCUUCAAGGGAUGGCAUUUCAGCCCGCCGUCGGUGGGGUCCGCGGAGGUUUUAGGGUUAGUGGAGCGGGUAUACGCCAAUUGGCUCGAGAUUCGGGCCAAUUACUUGGCGCCUCCAUUACAGAGCUUGACGAAUCUCUGUAUCAUCCUCUUCCUCGUGCAGUCGGUGGAUCGAGUGGUGUUGAUACUUGGAUGCUUCUGGAUCAAAUUUCGGAGGUUGAAGCCGAAGGUGGUUGUGGAGUACACCGACGCUGUGUCGGUGGAUGAGGAAGGAAAUGUCAAUGUGGAGGAUUAUCCUAUGGUGUUAGUGCAGAUCCCUAUGUGCAAUGAGAGGGAGGUUUACCAGCAAUCAAUUGCAGCAGUUUGUAUCAUGGACUGGCCGAGGGAGAGAAUGCUUGUACAGGUUCUAGAUGAUUCUGAUGACUUGGAUGUCCAACUCCUUAUCAAGGCAGAAGUUCAGAAAUGGCAAAACCGCGGUGUCCGCAUUUUGUACAGGCAUCGCUUAUUGCGCACGGGCUAUAAAGCAGGCAAUCUCAAGUCUGCAAUGAGCUGUGAUUAUGUAAAAGAUUGUGAAUUUGUAGCAAUCUUCGAUGCAGAUUUUCAGCCAGGGCCGGAUUUCCUGAAGAAAACUAUUCCUCACUUCAAGGGACAUGAUGAUCUAGCACUAGUCCAGACAAGAUGGGCUUUUGUGAAUAAGGAUGAGAACCUGCUCACCAGAUUGCAGAACAUAAAUUUGUCCUUCCACUUUGAGGUUGAACAACAGGUCAAUGGUGUGUUUCUUAACUUUUUUGGUUUUAAUGGUACUGCUGGUGUAUGGAGAAUUAAGGCCCUGCAGGACUGUGGUGGCUGGUUGGAGCGGACCACUGUUGAGGACAUGGAUGUUGCUGUUCGUGCUCAUCUGUGUGGAUGGAAAUUCAUAUAUCUCAAUGAUGUUAAGUGCCUUUGUGAACUUCCGGAGUCCUACGAGGCAUACAAGAAACAGCAGCAUCGCUGGCAUUCUGGUCCCAUGCAGUUGUUUCGCUUGUGCUUUUUUGACGUAAUCCGUUCAAAGAUUAAUUUGUCCAAGAAAGUCAAUUUGAUUUUUCUGUUCUUCCUGUUGCGGAAGCUUAUCCUGCCAUUUUAUUCAUUUACCCUCUUUUGCAUCAUUCUUCCCCUAACCAUGUUCCUGCCAGAAGCUCAGCUACCAGCAUGGGUGGUUUGUUAUGUUCCUGGGAUUAUGUCUGUCUUGAACAUCCUUCCAGCCCCGCGGUCAUUCCCAUUUAUAGUCCCCUACCUUCUUUUCGAGAACACGAUGUCUGUGACGAAAUUCAAUGCCAUGAUAUCAGGAUUGUUUCGAUUCGGAAGCUCCUAUGAAUGGAUAGUCACAAAAAAAUUGGGAAGAUCAUCCGAAACCGAUCUCGUUGCUUUCGAGAAAGAAUCUGAUCCUCUUGUCAAGACAACAAACCUUCACAGGUCAUCGUCAGAAUCAGGCAUCGAUGAACUCAAUAAAAUAGAAUCAUCUAAAAAAUCGGGGAAGCCUAAAAGAAAUCGUCUAUACCGGAAGGAACUUGCUCUUGCCUUUAUAUUGUUAACCGCUUCAGUACGAAGCUUGUUGUCUGCCCAAGGAAUUCACUUCUACUUCUUAUUGUUUCAAGGGAUCACUUUUCUAGUUGUAGGUCUUGAUUUGAUUGGGGAGCAGGUAAGUUAGACCACUACUGUUUCCGAGUAGUUUCGAAAGCUAUCAACCGGGAUUUCACUGGGUGCAAAACACCGGGAUCACGGAGCGGAGAUUUGAAAUCUAUCUCGAGGUGUUGUUUAUUUGACGGGAGCCAAAGUGGUGCACACCCUAUUAGUUAAGAUCAGGAGCUCCCAAGUGAAGCAAUCGGUUUUGCUUUCCGCGUUAUAAUCUAUAUUUAUACCAUCUUGGUGAAGGCUCUUGUAUGGUUGUGGUUGGGGAGCCACGUGUCUUUUUUUCACUGAUUAGUCUGAAAGAGAGGUUCUGGAAUGGAUAUUUUUCCAUCCCAUUUGUUUGUUUGUUUGGCAUCAUACGUUGUACACUUGCUUGCCGCCAUAUUGCAAAAAGAGUCGAGGUUUCGUUAGAUUAUCGAAAAUUGUCAUUCUUUAUUAUGUUUUUGGGCAGAUUGUGCAUCCCCACAUGUACUUUUGAUUAGAUUGUUGUCCAUAAUUAUAAUUAAUUCUUCUCAAACUUCUGUCUAUUUUUCUGCAUAAUAUCUUUUGACGCUGUAUGUGAGUUGGGGACGAUUUCUUUCUGCAUGUAAAGCUUUAUUUUCUAGCCAUUUAUGGUUGGCAUCCCUAUUCAAUUGUAUCAG